AAAGGAUUUAAUGCUCGCUACAGGGGAUGCCAUUCAAGUCGGGCGGGAAUCCAUCCUUCUAUGGAUUUGUAGGAGUAAGGAAUUGCUACGUGUACAAGGCUUAGCUUUGCUUGAUAGUAUUGUAACUUACGAAUCAGUUGGAGCCUAAAGGAUCAUUAUUUCUGAAGUCUUGGAAAUGGUCAAGAAUAUAUGAUUAUGAUUGAUCUUCACUGAUACGAUGGGAUUGAGAGAGGUUAUAUUGAUGUUAGCAAAAGGCAAGAGACAGAGUAACGGUUGAAAUGUUAUGAUUAUUAUUAUCGGUUUGGAUUUUUUAGUUGUUUUGUACUCGUAAUACAUGUUUUUCUUCUUUUUGUUCUGUUCACUUGUUGGUAGUUUGAUUGUGGCGAAGAUGAAGCGGAUGAUGAACAAAACAGGCACCGGCAUCUCUUCCAUUAUUCAGUCUCUUGUAGCACGAGUUUCUGGGGCAUUGGUACUUUGUAUGGGACUUUUUGUGCCUGUUAUUGCUAGUAAGAGGCCUAAACUUCUUCCCACAGAGUGUGCAUUAUAUUGGAAUGGUUCAGACCUUAACAAGUAUAUUAAUCAAUUCAUGGUGACAAACGAAGUGGCAGAAGCUGUAAGGUGGAAGAACUUACUCGACAUGUCCGAAGUUGUACGACCUUUUGGAUGUUUCAACCGAGGAGACUUUGCAAAGAUGCAAUAUCUCCCAUAGCGUCUCGACGGAUUCAUGUUGGUAGUCUUUUAUCCACACGCAGACAGGCUUCAGUCGGUGCACUUCGGCCUGUAGAGCGUGUAACUCCCAGCUCUCAUCCUUUCUAGAUGGUGCGCCAGGCCUCGUGCUGAUCUUGUGGUAAUAGAUCGCGUCCCUGCUUGCGUAUCCAUGUCUCCUCGUGAACACUGUGAGCACAAGGAGCGUAGAGGAGAUGACGGUCUCGAAUGGUUGUGUGUGUAGUAGAUGAUGAUGUAUUUGCGUGAUGAGGGUUGGAGUGUUUGUGUAGUAGGUAUCAAGGUUAAAGAUUAUGAUUGGGAUGUUUGAAAUGGCAAGUUGGGAGUGGUUAUGGAAAGGUGAGAAUAAUGAGGAAAGAAGAAAAGUCUGGAUAGAGCAGAGGCCACAUAUUUAUACCGAAAUCUUCAAGGCAAUAGAAGUCAUAAACCGUAUCCGGACUCUGCUUGAGCGUGUGCUUGUUCUCCUCGUGUUCGGGCGGACAGGAAGGAAAGUGACAAGAGACAACUUAAG